ACCCACACCCCACACCCACACCCACACCCACACCCACACCCACACCCUUUGUGUAAUUAUCAAACUUCCUAUCUAAAAUACUGUGUCGCUCAUUCGAAGUAUAUUUUUUCUUUUCUCUCUAUUUCUAAGUACCGUCUUGUAGCAUUUGUUAUUUUUGCGCCAAGCAAAAUCUGUUUCUACUUGGAUUCUUAUAUGUAUUUUCGAGAAAGGACAUAUCUUUUAUUUCUAUAAUGUGAAUAACUAGGACCAGGUUUAGAAAUAUUGGUAACUUCGAGGAGAUUGAAUCACAUCGAUAGACACGUGUUUUUGAAAUAUUUUUGUUGAUGAUAUUGGACAGUCGUAUAAAAGUUGUAUUUUCUAAACUAAAGUUUCGAAUCCUGUGUUUUUUGCAAGAUACUCGUGUAAGUCUUUCAAUAAUACUGAAAUGACGACGCCUGUUUGGUCUAAUGAAAACAUUUCAUAGGAUGUUGUUGCAUCCGAAAUCUGAAUUGUUGAUCUGAAUUCAUUAUGUUCUCUCUAAAGCUUUGUGAUUAAAUGUGACCGAAAGAAAAAUUGAAAUAUUUCAUACUUUUCAUACGAAAAAGUUGUUCGUUCGUCUCAGUGUAUUAGCUGUUUAUGAAUUGUACACAACUCGAUGCAAAGUUUGAAACAUCAUGAGUUGAUAUAAGCCUAUUUCUACAGAAUCCUGCAUCUUAUGAAUGAGAUCUCUCAAAGUUUUUCAAACUUGGAAGGCAAUGAAUUUCAUACUAUAAGAUGGAGAAAUGUUUUUGAGAACAUAAAUAAUAUCUGUUUUUCCUUGGAAAACGUAAUGCAAUUGAAAAAUAACGACAAUUCGAGAUAUUUCUUGUAUGCUUGCGCGUAGCAAAUUCUUCUGAACACAUUGAAACUUUUUCAUAUUGUUAUAAGUUACUGUGGAGCAUGUGAAUUAACCAUGGAAUCAUUCUUUUCCUAAAUGAGCUUUUAUUAGUACAUUGAUAAAUGUAGAAAAAAGAACUUUAAAUCUUUCAAUAUCGUUUCAAAGCUCAUUCAACAUGUGGGCUUUGUGUGAGUGCUGGUGAAUGUCUAUGAAACUCACGGAUACCUCUUAUAUAGAGCGAAACGACACAAUUCACAUAGAAUAGAUAUAAGUAUCAUGCUAGUAGAUUAUGCGUCAAGAUAUCGAUGGUAGGUGUGAAUGAAGAACAUUUAUAUCCACAUCCACAUUCACACCCACGCUCACAUCUACACCAACCACACACUUAAAUCACCUUAAGAAGCAACAUGGAAUUAUAUAUUUUGCAAUAAACAACACACAUCACUAUAUAUAUAUGUAUUUAUAUAUACAGAGAGACAGAGACAGAAGCCUAAAACGUGAAGAGACGGGACGAAAGAGAGAAGGCAUUGAACGAGAGGAUAUAUAUAUUUAUAUGAUUUAAUGAAUAAACAUGGAUCAUAAUAUAUCGAGAGGGAAAGGAGAGAUAUAAAUGUAAUUCGAUACAAGCAUAACAAUCAUGAAUAAGAAAAAAACUUCCUUUAUAAAAUUGUCUUACUUCUAAAAGAAAUCUUCAUAAAAAAUUUGACGUCAUAUUAAGGUAGCAAUAUCGUCCUCAAAGUCUGAGUAGGACACUAUGGACCUAAAACAUUCUCUUUUCCAUCACGAUGUUCAAAGAAAAGAUUCAAAACUAUCAUUGUUUCUUCGUAAUGUACUUGAUUUUGUGCGUUUUUCAAAAUGUUUGACAUAAAAUCGAACGAUAUGUUAGUCGAGCAUUUCAUCAUUUGCAUAUGCAUAGUCUCAUACAGGGAAUGAACGUGUAGAUCAGUAUGACCGUCGAUACUUUACAGAAUUUCUGAAGACACGACAGUUCAUUCUAACGUUUUCUCGUUGGAAACAUUAUAAUUGAUUUAUUUUUCUCUUCUUCUUACAGAUUUCGAAUAAGUCAACCGUUCCGGACAAUGGAAGCAAAUUCUGUUCCAAGCAAAAAGCCAGAAUACGGUCUCAUCAUUUUGGGCAAUGCUGGAACGGGCAAAAGUUACAUUUGCAAUAUGGUAAUUGGCUAUGAAAGAUUUGAAACUGACUUUCGGCGAGAAGCAGUUACAACUACUCUGGAGUACCAUCGAAUUGAUGCUGGAUCAAGCGACCUUCUCAUAUACAAUAUUCCAGGAUUGAUCGAAUCACAUCAAGAAGAAAUCGAUCGAAACAAAAGAGAAAUCAUUAAAGCUUUCGAACAAUCUCCCAUAUCGGUUGUCAUAUUUGUAUGGACACAGGUGGGUGGACGACCGCAUCCAGAUGAUAUCAUUACCUUCAAGGCUCUCAAUGAAGCCUAUAACUUUUCGUCCAAAUCUUUAAUGUUUGUCCUGAACAAUAUACCGAGCCAGCGAUCACCGACAUUCGAAGGAAGAUUUUUUACUUUACUUACGAAAAUGCUCAAUCCAAUUCCAAUUUCAUUGGAAGACAUGUUUUUUAUCGAUACUUUGAAUUCUGAAGAUAAUGAGAAGUUUAGUGCAACACGUGAUCGACUACUUCAUUUCAUCGCACAGCAUCGUGAAAGCGAGCGAAAAAUGAAAGCUAAUAUUAUCAUGCAAUGCAACGAACUUCGCAUCCUAAGAGAAACUCUAAAAAAACAAUGUCUGGAAGCUGAAGAAAACAAGCAAGCUCUUGAAAUACAAAUCAAGCAAAUGACAGAGGAAUACGAAGUUGUCAGGAAGAGCCAAGAGAAGAGAUACCAAGAUAUGAUAUUCAAAUUACAGUUAGCAGAACAACAAGUAGCAGAAGAAGAAAAAGUUCAUGAACUUGCUGGUGUCGAAUUGGAAACUCUACAUAAAGAAAAGAAAACAGGUCUAAAGGAGCAAUGCCAGCAACUUUGGAAAAAAGUUGAAGAUGAGAAAGGAAUUUUGAAGAAAGUAGAGAAAUGCUAUAAAAUCGCAAGCAACGAGCUGCAUAUUAAAUGCAAAGAUGAAGAAUAUGAUAAAGAGAAGAAUUUCAAGAGACAGAGCAGCACAAUUGAAGACAAGAAUGAAAGGAACGAAAAAUUCCAUGGAGAUCAGCUGAAUAAGGUUCAGAAGAAGCCCACUAAACUGUACAAUAACAAUUCUGAUUCUAGUCUUCUCCGUCCUGCUGUGAUCGGUGGUAGUCUCGGUGCUACUUCCGUUGGUGUUCUGGGUGCUGGUGCCGGUGCUGGUCUCGGUGGUGUUGGUGGUGCUGGUCUCGGUGGUGUUGCUGGUGCUGGUCUUGGUGCUGCUGCUGGUGCUGUUGUUGGUGGUGCUGCUGGUGUUAUUUUGGGUCCUUGUGCUAUCGCUACUGCUGCUGCUGGUGCUGCUGCUGGUACCGCUGUUGGUGCUGCUGCUGGUACCGCUGUUGGCGCUGUUGCUGGUGCUGUUGCUGGUACUGCUAUGGGUGCGGCUGCUGGUGUUACCUUUGGUGGUAUUAGUGGUGCCAUUGCUACUCUUUAUAGGCGUCAUAAAGAUCAUUGGCCACCGAAUAAUUCAGAUUUAAAUCCAUUGGACUACUGUAUCUGGAAUGAAUUUGCGCAGUAUGUCAACUGGGAGAAAGUAACAUCGAAAUCCACACUAAUUGAUGAAUUAAAACGUGCAGUCAAAAAAAUUCGGCAAGAUGUUGUCUUACAAAAUUGUUCAUCUUGGGCUGUUCGUUUACAACGUGUUUUAGAAAAUGAUCGAUGUUAUUUAAAACAAUAA